CUACGAAACAUCUGAAAUCAAUAUUAGUGAACACUGAACAGUGAACAUUGAAAAGCUGUCAAAUAAAAAUAACCUGCGUGCGGUUUCAUCCGAUUUAUUGUGUACAUUAAUUUAUUUAAGAAUCUUAAGAUGUCUGAACAGAAUGUUGGGUCGGUGCCUGCUUCAGCGGCUUCAUCUGGCACCAACGUGGCCGAAGAACAACGGUCACCGAGCACUGCGGCCGGCUCCGGAAGUGUAUCUGAAGAGAAGGUGUACGGCGGGUGCGAGGGUCCGGACGCUAUGUACGUCAAACUGGUCUCCUCGGACGGCCACGAGUUCAUCGUGAAGAGAGAACACGCGCUCACCUCGGGAACUAUAAAGGCCAUGCUGAGCGGACCGGGACAGUUCGCCGAGAACGAGGCCAAUGAGGUCAACUUCAGAGAAAUACCCUCCCACGUGCUGCAGAAGGUGUGUAUGUAUUUCACGUACAAGGUGCGCUACACAAAUUCUUCUACAGAGAUACCGGAAUUCCCCAUCGCACCGGAAAUAGCCCUCGAGCUGCUCAUGGCCGCCAACUUCCUGGACUGUUAACUCAUUGUCAGCAUUUAUCUAAUAAGGUCAUGCUUAGAAUUGGAUUUCUAAUUGUUUGUAUUGAAUAUUUAAUUAACAAUGUAAUUUGUAGUUUUUAUUUUUCGAGAGUUACUCCUGUAACUUGGUGAGAAUCAAUAUCGCUUUGCAAUUAGCCACCGACUUCAAAGUCGACGUUAAAGUCCUUUUUAGUCGUUAUUUAGAAAAAAAAAACAUUAGUAACAUUAGUCUAUUGUUGCGCCAUAGUACAUAUUUGUUUCGCUAGAUGGCGCGAUAACAUAUUUAUCUUUAAAUGUACUGGGGGUUAUCAAAAUUCGUCACUAUGGCUGACCUGAUAUGAUAACGCAGUAGUGUUGGAGUAUAAGAAAAUUUAUAAGCGGGAAAGUAUUGUUGAUAGCUAAUUUAAAAUAUACUCUGUGACCCAUACUGGAGACACUUGAUUUACCAUUUUGUAUCUGUGUAAGGAAUAAACUGUUUAAUUUUUCUAUAACAAUAAAUUGUUUAUAUAAAAUUA